GCUGUCAAGAGUGCGACUUUCGCGGAGCAGCUGUCGGCCGCGAGAAUCCCCGAGAUUCGGAGCAACGCGCGAGCCCCCGGAGUCGUAACUGUCGGGCUCGGAGAGACGGCCUUCUUCCGUUGCGCGCGUGUAACGAAGGGCGACAAAGAGACGUCGCGUCGUGUAAACUUUUCGUAUCCCCGGCCGACGCGUAGGGUCGGUUAUCCGUCUCUCGGGAUCCAUCUCGUCGCCUGCACCCCACUCCCCUGUCGUUGCGUUCGUGAACGUUGCGAGUAGCCGGCGCGCUGAAGUUGCUCCGGAGCCUUUUCUUCGCCGGACGAACGAAAGAUUAAGAGAGGGAGAAAGAAACAGACGGUGAGCCGUCAUCGGAGGGAGAGCGACCGCGAGAGACGCGAUAACGAACCGUAUCUGUCGCACGCACGCUCGCUCGUGUGUGUGGUGUCCGCCGCUACAGGGAGAGUGUCUCUCUCUCUCGCGCGCACGUCGAGCCUCGCCUAACGCCUCCUCCCGGUCUCGGGCGGACCGAGCGUUCUCCUGCCGGAAACCUUCUCCCGGAAUAUCGAUCAAAUAGCCUGAACCGAGUGAAAAACUACUCCCGGAAGAACGGGGAAAGAUAGGGAGAGAGAGAGGAGAGUGUGAGCAAGGAGAAGAAGAGAACAAGGAGAGAGAGAGAGAAGAGGGAGGAGGAAAAGGGAUCAAAGAGACGCAGAGUGAGAGGAUCCCGUCGUUAGCCAGGAUACGACAGCGAAGGAGGUGCAGCGGACGCGCGACUAAAUCGGCGCAAGUGUGGCGGUCGUCGGGGUUGCGUGCGGGUGGCUGCGGUCACCCAGGUAGUUAGGGCAGCCGGUAGCGGUUGCCGGCGACGGUGCGGAAGCAUCGGUGACGAAGACGACGAAGACGACGAAAACGAAGAAGAAGAAAACGAGGACGAAGAGGAGGAAGGCGGAGGUGGAGGAGGAGGAGGAAGAGGAAGAGGAGGUUGCGAUAGUGAUAGUGGUGGAGGUGGUGCGGAACGACGAGGAGGAGAAAGAAGUGGUGGAAACGGUGAAGGCGCGGGUGGUUGCUGUGUCAGUGGUAGCGGCGAAAGUGUUUACGGUGGUAGUGGUGGUGGUGCUAGCUGUUGUGGUAGUAGUAGUGUUGCUGUCGGCUGUGGUGGCGACGACGGCCACGAACGAGGUGGAGGACGGGGUUAAGGAGGAGGCGCAGAGGAGGAGGAAAGAGUGCGGGAGAUUUCAUCUUCGUGCGGGCGACGGGGCCGCUCCCUGCCAGCCGCGCUGUUCAGCAGGUGAGAGAAGAAGAGCGUGGGGGUGGCGUUUGUGAAGGCAACGUGUAGCAAGAUGGGGUGCGCUAUGUCCGCGGAAGAGCGGGCCGCUCUGGCUCGCAGCAAGCAGAUUGAGAAAAACCUCAAGGAGGAUGGAAUCCAGGCGGCCAAGGACAUAAAGCUCCUGCUGCUUGGAGCGGGAGAAUCGGGCAAAAGCACAAUAGUGAAGCAAAUGAAAAUUAUCCACGAGAGCGGCUUCACGCCGGAAGACUUCAAGCAGUACAGACCGGUUGUAUACAGCAACACGAUACAAUCUCUAGUCGCUAUUCUCAGAGCGAUGCCUAAUCUGGGCAUUAGUUUUUCAACCAACGAGCGAGAGACGGACGCUAAAAUGGUGUUCGACGUAAUUCAAAGAAUGGAGGAUACGGAACCCUUUAGCGAAGAAUUACUGGCCGCCAUGAAGAGGCUGUGGUCCGACAAUGGAGUGCAGGAGUGCUUCGGCAGGAGCAACGAGUAUCAAUUGAACGACUCCGCGAAAUACUUCUUGGAUGACUUGGACCGAUUAGGAGCCAGGGAAUAUCAGCCAACGGAGCAGGACAUCCUCAGGACCCGAGUGAAAACGACGGGAAUCGUGGAAGUGCAUUUCUCCUUCAAAAACCUCAACUUCAAAUUGUUCGAUGUGGGAGGUCAGAGAAGCGAACGUAAAAAGUGGAUACACUGCUUCGAGGACGUGACCGCAAUCAUCUUCUGCGUGGCGAUGUCUGAAUACGAUCAAGUGUUGCACGAGGACGAGACGACGAACCGAAUGCAGGAGAGCUUAAAACUGUUCGACUCGAUCUGCAACAACAAGUGGUUUACGGACACCUCGAUCAUCCUUUUCUUGAACAAGAAGGAUCUCUUCGAGGAGAAAAUCCGCAAGUCUCCUCUUACAAUCUGUUUCCCCGAGUACGCCGGUGCGCAGGAGUACGGCGAAGCGGCUGCCUACAUCCAGGCGCAGUUCGAAGCGAAAAAUAAGUCGACCACGAAGGAGAUCUACUGCCACAUGACCUGUGCCACCGACACGAACAACAUUCAAUUUGUGUUCGACGCAGUCACAGAUGUCAUCAUAGCCAAUAAUCUGCGCGGCUGCGGUCUCUAUUAGGCUAAUUCUGUAUUCUACAUUAAGCGCAAGAGGAGGAAAGCGUUACCACGACAUGGCUGGCCAUACGACAUUCUUCAGCGGGUUCGAGGCUCGUUGCGGUUCCAUUCCAGCUUGAAAGAGGGAGAAAGAGGAGGAGAAGAAGAUAGAUGAAAGAGAGAAAAGGAGAAACGACCCCUUUCGUUAUCGACGCUGAUCAGCGAAACGUAUUUAGUUUAUCCUAUGUUAGACCAUCGAAGACCGACGUUGUUCGCGCGGCGUUCUCUCGCUCGACGAAGCGACACAGUCGACCGCGAACUCUACGAAUAACGGGACGACGGUUAUCUCCGGAUUGAGCGGACGUUUUCGCGAUGAAGCGAACGAAUGGCGCCAGUUGCGCGCCGGGCGAAGAAAGGCGCGAGGGGACGCGGCGCGGAAUAACAAGAGAUCGCCGUUAGGACUGGCUUCGUUCUCGCGACGAGAAACACUCGAGCAUUCCAGGGAGCCACGCGCACAAAAGUCGAGAUCUUGCCCACAAUUCUCGUCAGCGUCGCACACAAAUUACUAAGCGCACUCCGUACACACGCUCAUAUAUAUUCUCUUACUUCUUCUACUUUCAUUCGAGCACAUACAGCCCCCACACACCCAGCCACCCAGUUCUACACGCGCACACGAUCGAGACGAUGGCGCGAGAGCGUCCGGAAUUUGCCAGACUUGCAUUUUGAUCGAUGUAGAGCAGCUGAUACGCUAUGCGACGAACUUUUUAACGUGAUCUCGCGAAGCCUCCGAGCUCGCUUGAUACCGCUUGCAACGCAACAUGUUGCAUUUCUCUGAUUUCUUACUUUUGUAUUUUUUUACUUUAUUUCUCGCCCCUACGUAUUUAUCACCGUUAACGUAACGACCACCACGCACACACCAGAUAUCCAUAAAGCACAUUGUAGCUAACAAGUGUCGAUCUGUACGCACAUACUUACGCGCACACAUUAUUUCACUGUGAAGAAAGAGAGAGAGAGAGAGAGAGAGACCCAUUUCCUUCGUUAAUGAUCGUACCGGAGUGACAUACAAUGAUACUUUUAUCUCAUCCAGCACGAAACGUGCGGGGGACGUCGAAAUCCUCGCAACUUCUUCGAACCGCCCGUUCGUGCUUCGCAGAAUUUCCCGGUGAAAUAUUAGGCAUGUAAAAAGAAAUCUUAAGCUGAUAUUGAUAGCAUGGAGAAAGAUCUUUCGCCAGCAUAGCAAAUUGUUUGUUACUAUAGUGAGACAGAGGAAAGAUUUGUUACACGGAAAAAAAUCACUUUGCAGCAAAAUACGACAGCAAUAAAACCUACUUGACACGAUUAGCAAUCAAUAACUCAUAAUAACAAAUCUUGCUGUGGCAGCAACAAACAAUCCGCUCAUGUCAUCCGCUCAAAAAAUUGGUCUCCGUGAGAAACACGCGAGUCCGAAUUUUCCGGUUGAAUCGUACAACAUACAUAACAUUGCAAUUGGAAUGAAGAGAGAAACUAGCUUUAAACUGAAAUCUGAGCGUCAGUUACGCGGGACAGGUAACGCCGUGAUUUACGCGACACACAGGGAGGAUGCGUCGAACGCCGGGAGCGAUUUCACGCGGACGUCCGUGUCGGACACAAGCUGUCGAUCGAAAGGGGAUUCGACGCAUGUACACACAGGUGAUUCCUGGGUCAUUCUGCGGACGCGCAAGCGCCACCCGUGAGAGAAUACCGAGAGUGUAUUUUUCUAAGCGUUUCGUUUUCUUCCCUUUCGUUCUUUCGCACGGGGUGUAUCGACAAUACCGAAACUGUUAAGUUCGACGUGAUGUAGGCGGGGUAGGACAGGGGUGGGUGGGAGGAAGGGCGACACGGGGAAAAGUACCGCUACGAGAAAGAAUGCACACUAUGGGACCUCAUAUUAGGCGCGUGUAACGCGUGUUCCGGGACGGGCGUAAAUCUCGUUGCGCACAAUCUGUAAUGUACUCGGCAUCUCGCAUAAGUUAUAUUUUAUUACGGGACUAAAUGGGGGAGGGAAACGACGCAUCGUCACGCUGUUGAGACGUGUGCCACUGCUUUCGCGGGGAAAGAUGGAAAGACAGCGAGAGAAAGAGGAUGGAAACGACGAAGAUGGGCGUGUGUGGAAGAAUCGACGAUGUCCGUUGGAUCGUCGGGGUUUCCACAGAGUUUCGGAAAAUCUCCCGAAGACGCACGCGAGAAUGAAACUGGGACAAUCGCGCAUGGAGUGGAUCUUUCGAGCGUGAAGAGAGAGAAGAAUGCCGUUCUUCUGCAGGCGCCUCCUCGUCGCACUACUUCAUCUCCCGGCCCGCUCAGAGAGCAAUCCUCGCGACUCUUCGCAGCGCGUUUCGGCGAGUGGUCGGUCCGUUUCGAGAUCAUCAUAGCCGCUUGUUUCGUCGUCCGACGAGAGGGUGGGAACUCACAUGCCGAUAGCGGACGGGCGCUUUUCAAUUCGAGACGCUCUCGAACUGAUCGAUACUCGUGCUCGUCCGAUACCCGCGGAAGAGUGUGGUCGGCGCGAACGAUACUCGAACGAUGCGAAGGGAACGCCCGCCCCGACUUCUCGGGCGUUUGUCGGAUGUCCUCUGGACAUCUUCUAGCUCCGUAUUUUAAUAGCGUUAAUUUUAAUAUUUACAUAUAAUACGAUGAAUAUGUAUAUAUUAUAUAGAGCUCUAUAUGCAACUAUUACUUUCUCAUGCUUCUACUAUUUAACUCUUUAAGGCCCGCGCACCAAUUUCAUUGGAGUAAAAUGUUGUCACUUAUAACAUCAUCUUAAAGGACGUUCCUGAUGAACAUUUUUUUGCCCGAAUAAAUUGGUCGUCGAGAAGUGCGAUUUCCCGAAUGUACAUCAUUUAUGUACAUUGGGCGUUUGAUAUAUAAAACUGAGAAAAUGGUAAAAUUGUUUUAUUAAAAAAAAUAUAUUUAUUUCCCACUUGUUUAUAACAUAGUUGAAGAACCAUCGUUUACUAACAGAUUUACAGUUUACUUACAGAUCGAAUUUAGGAAAGGCCCAAACUUAAUGUACAUUAUUAAGUACACUGGGCCUUAAAGGGUUAAUUACGGUAUGUCUCCGAUAUCACACAGAAUUCGUUGCUGCGUCCGUUGAAACGUACGUGGGAACACCGAAAUUUACACGGCAAAUUGAAAUUCAAAGUGCCGUGGUGAAAGAGCAUCGACAGACUAAACCGGGAACAGUCGUUGCCUGUCUCACGUGAGACGCUCAGACAUGAAUUUAGAGUCAAAUCUGAGUUUCUCAGUCGAAUUAACAUUGUAAUCAACUGAAGAAAGACUCGCAUUUAACACGUUGACUGAAUUCACGUACGAGUCUCGGAAAAUUCUUGAUAUGUUGUGUUAGUGAUAUCUGAUUUUUACCUGUUCGGUACUUUUCUACAUAUUUAGUAAAGUUAUUCUUGUGAGGCAGAUAAAACAAGUCACCGACAGAUGAUGGCGGUUGGACCGAGUGUUAAAAGCUCCAUAUUCAGAUCUGAGCAUCUCACAAGAGACAAAUUUCAAGCGGCGACUGUUAACACAUUCCUUUCGGGCGGUUUUUACUUAGAGACGAGGCAUUUCGUCCCGCGAAGCGAAUGUGUUCCCCGAAGCGAAUGCGUUAAUACUGUGACCGAGACUGCGUGCCGCAGUUCGGAGUGUAGUUUUCGGCGGGAGUAUUUUGCAAUAUCGUAGACCGCCGUACCGAUGCAUCGAGUGACAUCGUAGAUUAACGACAACGCGUUCGUUACCAGGGUACCACCUCUACACCCCCUGUGUCUCUUUUCUUUCUAUGUAAUUCUGCAAAACAGACUUGGUCACAUGGACGUAAGAAAAGAAAAAGAUCGUUGUCACUCAUGUGUGACGCACUGGUAGCGAACGCGACAAAACCCGAAUCGCUGCAGUCUCUGACCUUCGAGUAUCGGACGAGCGUGGAUGGCGAGGACACCCGAGCUGACGCUUUCGCGCAACCGUUACUUACGAAUAAGUCGAGGCGUCAUCAGCAGUCGAGGGCGGAGCUAUCUUAGGAAUAAAGUAUUUAUACGGAAACCAAAACCGGAGAAUCUAAGGGGAGCUUCAAUGAAACGUACCAAAUAGCGCGUGCCAAUGCGCAUGACUUAACUUUAGUCUAACGUUAAGGUAUCGAAGAGCUAUUCUAAGCUGCGUUUAUCGUCGAGAACCAUUAAGACGAAGCUGCACGAACAGUCGAUCGUCGUUGCGCGACGCAGGCGAAUUCGACCGGAUGUGUUCUUCUCUUUGCGCCAUCGAUGCCGAACGUCUCGACUGCACGGAGAGAAUAUUACAGCUUCUUUCAUGUGUAUUUUUUUUCGCGACUUUACGCGUGUUCUUAGUAAUGCGAGAAAAUCAACUGAAUAAAUUAUCAGUAAAGUUUUUCUUGCUAAGGAACACGAUUCAUUUUAUCGAAGAAAUUUCCUGAUAAAAAUGCUUUAAUUUUUUCAAUAAAAUCUUCUCAAUUCUUUAAUACAA